AUGGCGUUCGCCGCGGCAAGGAUGAUCCUCAAGGACAAGCGCAGGAAACCUAGCAAAGAGGACUUCGCACCGCGAAACAGAAGCAAGGCUCGCAGCGCCAGCACAAGUAGCUUUAGAAGCCUAAGCCAGGCACGCAACAAACCGGCGGAUGGCGUGGGUCAUGUAAACCAAAAAGGUGCUUCCGGUCAGAAAGCGCCAGCAGCUGGUCAGAAGGUUGCGCCGGGUGCUAAGGGCGCAGCGAAACCGGCCCAGAAGCCGUCAGCCCAGAAAGGUCAAGUGAAAGUAACACCCAAGGCGGCCUCCGUGAAGACCGGCAAAAACAAGAAGAAGGGACAACGACAACAAUAUGAUCUCAUCGUUACUAUUAAUCUGUCCGAAUAUGGACUCACAGAAGAUCAGGUAGCAGAAUUCAAAGAGGCAUUCAUGCUCUUCGACAAGGACGAAGAUGGCACGAUUACGAUGGCGGAAUUAGGGGUCGUCAUGCGGUCUCUCGGUCAAAGACCAUCGGAGACAGAACUGCGCGACAUGGUGAAUGAAGUGGAUCAAGACGGAAACGGUACCAUCGAGUUUAAUGAAUUCCUGCAGAUGAUGUCGAAGAAGAUGAAAAGCGCCGAUGGGGAAGACGAACUUCGCGAGGCGUUCCGAGUGUUCGAUAAGAACAACGAUGGCUUAAUAUCUUCGAAGGAGCUGCGACAUGUAAUGACGAAUCUUGGUGAAAAAUUAUCUGAAGAGGAAGUCGACGACAUGAUCAAGGAGGCUGAUCUAGAUGGCGACGGAAUGGUCAACUACGAAGAAUUCGUAUCGAUCCUAAUGUCGAAAAAUUAGUUCGGAGAUCGAAAGAAGGAUAUAGAUUCAAAGAUAACGAAGGAUCCUUGACGGAGCAAAAAUGAAUGGAUUCGCCACUCAAGUUCCUCGACUUCGUAGGAUUGCAGCGAGAAAUCGUUUCAUGUCCCAUGAAAAUAUAAUCGCAACCGUCGGGGGAAAAAAAUCAAAAGCUCGACGACCGAUCGACCGCGGCACGUACGACAUUGUGAGAUCGCGAAAGCGAAUUGCACCAACAUACCAAAUUUACUCUAUAGCUAAGGCUUUGUGAGAACGACGACGGCGUGCUGAAGAUUUCGCGCGUAAGUAGCGCAGGUAGACGAUUGAAGAGGCAUCGGAAGCCUUUGGCUUCGUGCGGGAUGCGCGAGUCUCGCCGCGAAUAGUAAAGGCUUCGGCUUUAUGGCCGGAAAACUGAGAGGAGAGACUUUCUUCCGCGAAUUUUGCACAUACGUACACGCAUUAUAUACACAGAUACACCUCGCGCUCCUUCGGACUAAUCUUAUAGACGAAUACUUGACAUUUUUAGAUAUAACGGAAACGUAACGUAAUGUUAAAAUAAAGAGAAUAUGUCCAAACGACGGGGGAGGGAGGUGUGACCCGCCGCUACCCGGAACAAUCAACCGAGCUUCGUUUAGACUUUUACGUCCCCCCUAAUCUUUACCCCCCCCCCCCCCACCCCUGAUAAUUUUACGGAGCGGAGAAUUUAAGAGUUACUUAGCUUUCCAUUUGAACAUCCC